GAUGUCCCAGAUGUCCCACAAGUCACAGCAUACCAUGACCGAAGCGUCCCAUCACUUCCCCGGAGUCACGCUAGACUCCAGGACCCCGCACACCAUGUAGCGCCUGUGCACUCAUGGCUUGCUAUAGCCGACCUAUCAACACCCAGUAGCAUGGCAACGCGGUAACGUCGGACGGGGUCUCGAUCUUCUACAAAUCCCAGACACCACCCGCAUUAUCAGGAGAUCUCAAAAGAGCCUUGCGUUACACACGUCGCCAGUGUCCCCCAACCGAAAUCAUGGCCUCCAAUACCAAUCCAGAUGCAGUGACCGCAGACACUGCUCGAUCCUACGAACUGGAAAAAGUGCACACAGCCGACGGAAAGACCGACUCAAUGGUCGAUGAACAGCACAUGGAGAAAGUCGAUACCAACGAGGGAAAUCUGGUCUACAACGAUGUCGAUGAAGAACCCGAACUUCACGCCCGUACCUACAUAGCCCUUCUUUCCAUGUUCGCCCUCAACCUCGUCCAAGUAUUUGCGCUACAAUCACCACCCGCAGUCCUAUCGUACAUUGGAAAGAGCCUCAACAAUACAGAGGCAGAUACAUGGGUCCCCAAUUCGUUGUCCCUUGUCCAAGCAGUGCUCGGCCCAGUCAUCUCCGGCGCCUCAGAUACCUUUCAAGCCAGAAAGACCAUUCUCGUCGGGUCAUCCCUCAUCUCCCUCAUUGGAGCUGCCAUCGCCCCAGGCUCCGGCAAUAUCUACAGAUUGAUUGCCGCCCAGACACUUAUCGGUGUCGGAUUUGCUGCCGUCCCUCUCGCCUACGCCGUGCCGAGUGAGAUCUUGCCCAGAAAAUGGAGACCGAUGGCUCAAGCCUGCAUGAACAUCGCAGCAGCUAUAGGCGCGAUCAGCGGUCCCUUGGUCAUCGGCGCACUCGUCAAAGGCAACGAGAAAGAUGGCUGGCGCAAGUUCUACUGGAUUCAAAUGGGUCUCUGGGGCCUCACAGCACUAGGAAUCUUCGUCGGCUACCGUCCGCCCAAACGCCACACCCGUCUCGACCAUCUCUCCUUCUGGCAGAAGCUCACACACCUCGACCUACCAGGCUGCGGCUUAUUGACGGUCGGUCUAACACUCUUCCUGACCGGGCUCAACCUGGGCGGCGGCCUAUUUAGCUGGGUCAACGUACGCACGCUAGUAACCCUAAUCCUGGGCAUCGUAAUCCUCAUCGCUUUCGGUGUAUACGAAUGGAAAGGCACACGAACAGGCAUUCUCCACCACGAUCUGUUCAAAGGAGGCGCCGCCCAAGGCCGCACAUUCGCCAUUUGCGUCGGCCUCAUCUUCAUCGAAGGCAUCAUGCUUUUCUCCUAUAUCGUCUUUUUCCCCGUCAUGACGAACGCGCUCUUCACCAGCGACCCAUUCAAGACCGUCGCACGCUCCCAGCCGUAUUGGAUCGCCGGCCUCAUAUCAACGGUGAUUUGGGGCUACUCGGCAACACGCUUCCGCACGAUCCGCGAGCCCCUGUUCCUAGGCUACCUGUUCUUCACAGCCGGUAUCAUAGGAUGGUGCACGAUCCAACCAGGCGACGACUUCAGCCAGCUUGCAUUCGCCGCCGUCGCCGGUUUCGGUUUCGGAGCACCCCUGAUCCUCAUCAUAAGUGGCGUCCAGCUCUCCACGCCGCAUCGCUUGAUCGCAACAGCGACCGCAGUCACGACGUCUUCCCGCGCUGUCGCCGCGACGGUAUUCACGGCGAUCUUCUCUGCUGCUUUGAAUACGAAGCUCGACACGAACCUGCCUAAUGACAUUGGCAAGGCUGCGCUCAAAGCAGGACUACCAACGACCUCGCUCAAAGCGUUCAUCACGGCUUUGGCUGGUGGAGAUACCGCUGCUCUGCCUACAAUUCCCGGCGUGACUCCCGCGAUCAUCGGCGCCGGGGUGGUGGCGUUGAAGCAGGCUUUUGCCGAUUCUAUCCGGGUAGUGUACAUUAUUGCUGCGCCAUUUGGAGCAUUGGCGUGCAUUAUGUGCUUGUUCCUGGGUGAUUUGCGGAAGACGAUGAAUUACCAGGUCGAUGCUCCUGUUGAAGACCUUCAUGCUAAGCACCAUCAUGAGCAGACUGCUGAGAGGGUAGCAUGAUAUGUCAUUAACGCCGAGAAGAAUUUGAAAUGUUUGAUAGCUGCGUUGUUGAAUGAU